AAACACAAACACAUGGAGUCCGCCACGCUUUUGCAUAAGCUCCCAUUAACAUAAAAACUCGUACUAGUCAAAACCCGCGUACUACUUUUUUCUUCUUCUCGCUCUUCAUCUUGCCUCCUCUUUUUCUCUCGCAAAGAAAAUCUGUAAACCCUCCCUUUGUCUCGCUUUUGGACCCCAAAAGGUACUGAUUAUGGAGGCGAAAUGGCGAAGUGGGCGUUUACCGUUGAUGCCGAUGAUGCUGUUGUUCUUCAUAAUUUUGUGCGGGAAAUUUCAAGGCUGUUUCUCCGAAGUCUGGAACAAGAGAAAGUCAGCGCCACCGGCUGCUACUAAACGCUUCGGCUCUUCUGUUGUUUUACCGAUCACCGGAAAUGUUUAUCCUCUCGGGUACUACUAUGUAACAGUUAAUAUUGGCAACCCACCCAAGCUUUACGAAUUGGACAUUGAUACUGGCAGUGAUCUCACUUGGGUCCAAUGUGAUGCACCUUGUGUACGUUGCACCAAGCCCCGUGACAGUCUUUACAAGCCCAAAGGGAACCUUGUGCCAUGUCAGCAUUCCUUAUGUGCUGCCAUCCAGGCACCAGAAACUCGCCAUUGCAAAUCCCCAACAGACCAAUGCGACUAUGAGGUUGACUAUGCUGAUACUGGUUCAUCGUCUGGCGUGCUGGUUGCAGACAUUCUUCCUCUACGACUUUCCAAUGGCUCUGUCAUUGGACCUCGGUUGGCAUUUGGGUGUGGAUAUGAUCAAAAGAAUCCUGGUCCUGGCCCAGCAGCUCCCACGGCCGGUGUCCUUGGUCUAGGCAAUGGCAAAGUUGGCCUCGUGUCACAGAUGUAUGCAAUGGGUGUAACACAAAAUGUGAUGGGCCACUGUUUAAGCGGGCAAGGAGGUGGGUUUAUAUUCAUAGGAGAGUAUCUAUUCCCUCCUUCAGGAAUUGUCUGGACACCAAUGACUACCUUAAAGGAAUUUUACUCAUCAGGACCCACGGAACUCUUUUUUGGUGGAAAACCUUCUGGACUAAAGGGACUUCAAGUUAUUUUUGAUAGUGGAAGCUCUUACACCUACUUUAAUUCUGAAGCAUACAAAACCAUGCUUAAUCUGAUUAGGCAAGACAUUAAAGGAAAGCCUUUAAAAGAUGCACCUGAGGAUAAAACUCUUCCAGUGUGCUGGAAAGGUGGAAAACCUUUUAAAUCCAUUCGUGAUGUCAGCGGCUACUUCAAGCCCAUGGCUCUGAGCUUUACAAAUGCUAAGAAUGUUCAGCUGCAGUUACCACCUGAAGCCUACCUGAUUGUCACAGAGAAGGGAAAUGUGUGCUUGGGGAUUUUGAAUGGCACUGAAAUAGACCUGGGAAACUUGAACAUACUAGGAGACAUUUCUUUACAAGAUAAGAUGGUGAUUUAUGACAAUGGAAAACAACAGAUUGGAUGGGUUUCAACAGACUGCAAUAGGCUCCCCAACUUGGAUCGUGAUUAUGGUGAAGAUUUUUCUCCGCCAAUUGGUAUCUUAGAAGGGCAUUGUCCGGCGCAAUGUGCCUCUAAGAAGGCCAACAUGCAGACUUGCAGAGGGAGAUCUGAGGCAUAAGAAUAAAAAGGUGAAAGUGGUUUCAUGGGCGUUAUACAGUAGAUACAGACAUUUGUUCAUUCAGGUCUUGAUAGGAGUUUUUUCUUCUGUUUUUGGGCGAGCUUGUUCUGGGGAGGGAGGACUUGAAACACUUGACCUUAUGGUCAUGGUGAUAAGAGUUGAACCACCACACUCUGAUGAUCCCAGGUCUAUAGAUCAUUUUCUGCUGUAUGUGGCGUGUGAUGUAGAAGAUGUAAAAUGGGCUCUUGCUCUCAUAUACAAAUAGUGGAAUACAAAUGCUUGUUACAGAAGAUACAUCCCCAAAUACAGCUUCCAGCUAAAUUCCUAGGCUGAGGCUGCCAUCAGUGGUGUUCUUCGAAUGCAAGACUUUAAUGGAUGUUUUUAA